AUGGCCGCCAGUGUUCUCCUGCUGGUUGGGACCGUGCUUUUGGCAAUCACUGAAGUUUUCUUACUUUGUUUCGCCGGAUAUAUUCUCGCCCGUAUGGAUAUCCUCAACAAGCAGACCCGAAAGCAGGUCAACAGACUAAACACUUCAAUCUUUACUCCUGCUCUGCUAUUCACAAAGGUUGCCUUUUCUCUGACCGCAUCGGAGCUCAAGGAACUAUGGAUAAUCCCCAUUCUCUUCAUUAUUAUAACUGCUGUCUCUGCUGGAGUCGCCUAUAUCAUGGGCCUAAUUUGUCGAGUCAAACCAGAACACAGGUACUUCGCGAUGGCCGCGGCCAUGUUCAUGAACUCAAACUCGAUGCCGAUCGCACUCAUGCAAAGUCUAAUCGGUACUGUUGCGGAGCUGAAGUGGAAUGAAAACGAUACGCAGAGCGAUAUGUUGGCUCGUUCCCUCACGUACCUCGUCCUCUACAGCACGCUCGGUAAUAUUGCGCGCUGGAGUUUUGGUGUGAAGAUCCUUGAGAGAGCUGAUGCGACCGCACAGGAGACUACCCACGGCGAGAAGAACAUUGACGUUGAGUCGCAACAGACGGUCAAGGAAGUUGAUGGUAAAACUCCCUUACAUAGUCGCUCGCCAUCCGACGUAACUACGACCGGAGAGCCAGACAGGUCUCGUCCCCGAGGCCAAGGCGGUUCGCCAAUGUUCUACUUAUCUGACGAACCACCCCGGUCCAAUACCAGUCUUCCUUACGUUGACUCUAGGGUAGCUGAAGAACCAGACCCAUACAUCCCCCUCUCCACCAAAAGUUCGUCAACAACGUUAGCGCCGAUCACAAUCAGCACUGCUUUGGAAACAGAAGGUCAAACGGAACUUGCAAUCCCUGCUCCGCCACUCACCAAAUGGCAACGCUUCGUGAGCGGAUUGAAACGCUUUUGGAUCGCAUUCUAUGACUUCAUGACUAUGCCACUCUGGGCUGCUUUGUUAUCCAUCAUCAUCGCUCUCAUUCCUCCAGUUCAGAAUCUAAUCGCAAACCACAUGCGUCCGGUACGGAAGGCAUUGGAGGCAGCUGGAGAUUGCUCAAUCCCACUCACGCUCGUCGUUCUCGGCGCAUACUUCUAUACGCCUCCGCCUAGGGAUACGGCAGUACCACCCCUCAAGGAGAGACUCCGCAAUGCACUUCGGUUUCGUCAAUCAACUCCUCCAGAUGCGACAAUGAAAGCAGAAAGGCCAAAACGUCCUGGCGAAAAGCGCACUAUAUUCAUUGCGAUUAUCUCCCGACAAGUACUUUGUCCUUUGAUUGUCCUGCCCUUAAUGCUCGCGUUCGUCCGGUUCGACGUGCCGAAGGUGUUCUCUGAUCCGGUUUUUGUUGUGUCGAACGUACUUCUUGUUUCAGCUCCCAUUGCGUUAACACUGGCUCAGAUGUCCUCAAAAACCGGUGCAAGCGAUGGGUUUGAGCGGUUACUCAGUACAACGAUUUUCUAUGCGUACUGUGUCGCUUUACUUCCAGUCACUAUCAUCUACGUCGUUCUCGGCCUUAUUCUCGCAAAGCUGUAA